AUGUAUGACGGGAAGUCAGAUCCUCAAGAGCAUGUGAUCGCUAUUAAUAACCAAAUGGAAGUAAUCGCCCCCACCGAGUCUCUGAAGUGCAACCUUAUGGCGGGCACAUGGAAAGAUGUAGCUUUGAGAUGGUAUAUGAUCCUUCCCCAACAAUCUAUCUCCAGCUACCAGGAUCUCACCAAGAAGCUGGUUCAACACUUCUCGGCCGUUAGGCGUAGGAAAGUGUCCACUACCAUCUUGUUCACAGUCCGGCAGGGCCCCUCCGAGUCCCUCAGGGAGUAUCUCGCACGAUUCAACGAGGAGACUACUAAAGUAUCUCACCCCAAUCAGGAGUUGUUCGUAGGAGCUUUUCAGCACAUACUUAUAGCUGGGCAUUUCAACGAGUCACUAGUCCAAAAACCGGAAUCCAACAUGGACGAGAUCAUAACCCAAUCCGAAUGCUAUAUAAAGAGAGAAGACGACAAUCGCGAAAAGAGAAUCCGGGAUUCUGCUAUAAAUCUGAGGCCCCGAGAAGGAGAAUCCGGGAAGAGGGAAGCUCCCCGGGAGAGGCGAGAUGAAAGGCCUUCUCAAAAGCCACUCCAACGACCCCAGCCGAGGGAAGAGACUCAUAAUGCUCUUAGUUCCAUCGUCGGAGAUAUAUUCUGA